AGGUCAGUUUGAACCAGAGAGAAAACGUAAACGGUCGCUGUCUGAGGCUCAAAAUGAGGCAGUUUGUUUUGAUUUAUAUUUUUCUCGCUCGGGAUUUUCAAAUCGUCCUCAGCGUCGUUUUGAAGGACACGCCGAUUCUUGGAUCCAUAAAUAACAACCCAAGACUUCUGAGCAAAGACAUUAUCAGCGCUGGAUUUGAGUACCAUGUCCCCCAGAACCACAGCGUGUUUUACUACCAGAAGGACUUUGAGGAAAUGUACGUUGGAGGGACUGAUUUUGUGUUAAAACUUGAUGUGGAAGACUAUCACAUUAUAGAGAAAUAUCCUUUGAACGCAACAGGAAAACAACAGUGCCAAGAGGGUCUCUGUGAAAAUGUCAUCACUGUCAUUGAGAAGUUUCAGGACAGCCUGUUUGUCUGCGGGACGAAUGGACGCAGGCCGCAGUGCUGGAAGCUUUUUGCUUCAGUCAACAAUCAGUCUUAUGAAAUAGUCGAGAGUUAUGAGGGGACUGGCAUCUCGCCGUUCACGUACACACAGAACUACCUGUCCCUCACAGUAGAGGGAGAUCUAUAUUCAGCAGCGCCUUUGGAUAUGGAUGGAAGUUCACUGCAAUUCAGAAGGAAAGCUGGAAGCAGAACUAAUGUCUGGAUGUAUGACAACUGGGUCUCAGAGCCCACAUUCAUCUCAGCGUCCUGGGUAAGGCGGGCGAAAGACCCUGACAACGAAAAGAUUUACAUCUAUUUCCGUGAGAAGAACUCCGAUCACAGCCCCGAGGCUGACCCCUGGAUAUCGAGGGUGGCCAGAGUUUGUAAGGUAGACGAAGGCGGAUCAAAAAGAUUCUUCCAGAACAUGUGGACGUCGUUCCUCAAGGCCAGACUUGUCUGUGGGUUCCCAGAAGAGUCUUUGUAUUUCAACCGACUCCAAGAUAUUUAUGUGAUGCAAACAGAAGAAUGGCACGACACCAGAGUCUAUGCCCUUUUCACAAGCAGCUGGAAUGCCACAGCAGUGUGUAUCUACACUGUAGGAAUGAUUGAAGACGUAUUUGAAAACUCAACUUUCAAGGGCUAUGACAAAAACAUUCCCACACCAAGGCCGGGCACGUGUGUAAAAAACAGCCGUAGCCUACCGCUGGAAACUGUCAGUAUGGUGAAGGAUUACCCAGAAAUGACUGACUGGGUUCACUCGGUGCAUUCUGCAGCUCCGUUUUAUAUAAGCAACAACAACUAUACAAAGAUAGCUGUUGACCGAGUCCAAGGAGCAGACGAACACAUGUUUAAUAUUCUUCUUUUAGCCACUGAUUCUGGGAACAUUCAUAAGGUGUUAGAGGCCGGGUCAGAACCUUUCAUCAUCUCGGAAACACAACUCUCCAGUUGUUCAACGAUACGAUCGAUGAAACUCGACUCCAAGAGGAAAAAGUUAGUGGUUGGUUUUUCUGAGAAAAUAUCUACUGUGGACCUCAAGAGGUGUCAGGAGUACAACAAAUCCUGUGAAGAGUGUGUUCUGGCCCGGGACCCGUACUGUGCCUGGACGAAGGAUGGAUGCACCUCGAAUGUCCAAGGAGGGAUACAAAAUAUCAUGACUGGGGAACCAAGUGUGUGCUAUUCAACCUCUUUAACAGAAAUACUACAAUUAAACCGGACCAAACGGGAGACAGUUCCAGCAUCACCAGCGGAUUUGCGGACCGAUCACUCGGUCCCUCUGGGAGUCCCUUUCUAUCUGUCCUGUCCAAUAGGCUCUUACCACGCUAACUACACCUGGGAUCACGAAGGACAAAAACGUCCUUGUCUACAAAUGCAGUCAAACUGCCUGCUCUUAAUCCCUUCUAUGGAACAAGACAGCUACGGCAGCUACAAGUGUGUUUCUGAAGAGAAGAACUACACCAAAUUCGUGAAGAAUUAUCAACUCGCAGAGCAGAAACUUGCCGCAGAGCAAGAGAUUGUUCAAGAGCCAAUCAUUCUGGUGGAAAUGAAGAAAAACGAUGAAAGAACUGAAAAACCUUUCAAAAGAAAUGAUGCAUCGGUUUUUCUUCCACAGGUAGUUUGGAUCACCCUUAUAGCAGUGUUGGGGAUGUUGUGAUUACAUUCUUCAUCAUCAUACUCUGGGCCAUUUUUCUACGCCCCUGCUUAUCAGUCCAGGACACAGGCAGCUCUACGGGAAAAGCAACUCUUAACACCAGCAUGUGCAAAGCUCGCAAUUCAGAGGUUUCAGUUGGAGAAAAAUAAAUCACUCCUUGAAAGAAAGCCGACUUUGCGAAUGGUCAGAGAGCUGUGUUUGGCAGAGAAGGAUGUGAAGAUUUGUGCUAUUACCAGCCUUAUAGUAGAAAGAAGCACAAUCAGUUAGCAGUAGAGAUGGUAUGAAGGAUCUGCAGCACCCUAAUGGUGCCUAAUGAUGUUUGUUUCAAUCGGCUGAUAAUCAACUAUUUCAACUGAAAUCAAUGUUCCAUUCAAAUAUUGAUCGGUUUUCUUUUAAGAUAAUGGAUAAAAGAAAGUGUAAGAGAUAAUCUGAAGGACUUCCUUUUAAAAAGGAUGUAUGACUGUAACACUCAAAACCAAAGCACAGCUUUUCAAGGUUGUGAUCAUGAGUGCAGGAGCUUCUGGAUAGACAGCCAGUACAGCACACACAAAGUGGCAGGGUGUGAACGCAAUCUCAGCUCUUCGGUCCAUUAGAGGUCAGGAAAAUGCAAAGUUCCUGUUUAAACUUCCUGUGUGCCUCAGUCCAGUACACUGAUGCCAGAUUAUUUUUAACUGAGUGUUUAGGGAAGGGUGGAUGUAGCCAUGGACCCCAUCUGGAUUUCCCUGUUUUGUUCAACUCUGAAUGAAAUAACAGACAGUUUUUUCUAAAGAGAGCUGUUUGUAUAUUAUGCACUGGAAAAAACGACUUUAUACCCUCUGAAAUGAUGAGCACUUUGUUUGAGCAACAUGCCACUUUAAGAAUAGCUUUUCAUAUUGAUCAACAGUAACUCAGAUAAACAGUAGCUGCUGUGUGUGCAGGUAUCAGUGAUCAAAAGUUCCACUUUGCACUUAACAUAGAACUGGAUUCAGAUAGUUGUGGAUUGUUUUGACUGAAUCUACAGUGUGCACAAACCUGAUUUUACUUUAAGCGAGAUCAUGUAGCUUUAGUGAAACCACAGCAAUGUCAGGUCAUUGCUGUGCUUUAACAAAGUGCAUAAAUAGCAAAAGCAGACGGAGAUCAGAUAUCUUGCACAACCAUGU